AUGAAUGCGAAUAGCAUUUGGCGCUUAUUUUUAAUCAUUCACAUAGUUUGCUUUACGGCAAUAAAUAUUAAAGCUGAAGAUAAGAAAAGCGAAAAUGCGAUCGUAAUCACAGAAUCCAAACAAUUUAAAAAUUAUCAGGAACAAAAUUUCACGGAAAUUCCUAUUUGUAAUAAUGGCCUUUGUUUACAAAUCAAUAAUAAUAACAUCCCUGCUGGAUUCGUAGAAACUAUUGUAGCGUCUACCUUAUUUGCUAUACCAACAGAAUCAGAAACUACAAAACCUACACCAACAGCUGCAUUGGAUUGUUGUGAUACAGGUGGACCUGGCAUUAUGAACCAAUUACCAGGAGGUUUUUAUAGUAUGAGUUAUGAUGCAGUGAGUUUAGAAGAUUGCUGCAGAAAAUGUUCGGCAGAUUUUAAUUGUAUUGGAUGGGGAUAUAAUAUUAAAACUAAAUCUUGCUUUGCCGAAUCAAUAAAUGAUCCAGAUGCAGAGGAAUUUUGUAAAUAUUCAGCAGAUCAUUAUGCAAAUUUUGUUGGAGGGAGACCUGGAUGUGGUGGUUGUAGAGCUAAACUUUUAUAA